AUGAAGCUGCUAGUGCUACUCGGUCUCGUUUGCUACGCGUUUGGCAGUGAAUCACCCGGAUUCUUCAUAAAACUCUCCAAAAGCGUGCCGCGCAUCGGGCGCCGAGGGGAUUUGGAAAACUUUUUCCUGAAGCAGUCGAAAAGCGUGCCGAGAAUCGGGCGCCGUGCCGGCGGGUAUCAUAUGGAAACUUCACCGUCGGAGGAGAACUCUGGCGCGAGCUGGUUCGAGCGGUACAUGAAAACGUCUAAGCGCCCUUCGGCGGGUUCGAUAGGACCUGAUGAUAUGGGGAAGUCGUACAAGAAGAUUCGCCCACUUGAUCUAAACCACAUCAUUGAUAUCCUGUCGGAUGACCUGUUCUUCGGGUCGGACCUGAAGUUUAUCUCGUGGGAGGUGCUGGACGAGGCGCUCGAAGAGGAUCCAGAACUGUUGCAGAAGCUGGGCUCGCUUGCCCGUGACAAGGAGGUGCAGCAAUUAAAGAAGAUGCUUGGCGAGCACGGUGACGAGCUGGUGAAGUACGUUCCGAUCGAUCGGAACGAGAUCAACGCGGCCAGCAGCCGGGCUUAUAUGUACCGGAUGGAUCGUGCUGAUCCGAACAAGGAGCGCAUCGAGUACCAGCAGUAG